UCUUGGCCAUGGCAUCUCUCGCUGACGAGUCCUUGGAUUUUUUCAGCAUAGAGGAAGACAAAGAUGGUAAGAGAAAAUCUUCUCGCGAGAGUUCAGCACGCCACCGCUUCCUCAAAUCGAGCAGCAGUAGCGCGACAGAAGAUUACGGCAGCCCCAACCCCAUUACGUCGAGCAGCGAAGGAGGAUCUCUCAACAACGAAAGCCGCAGCCUCAUCAAAAGCCCAACCAAAUCAAAAGCUCAUUAUCCUCUCACAAUAUUUCUAUGUCUCGUUGGCCUACACAAUCCACACCGAUUUGGGCGUUCCCUGUGGUCAGGAUUGUUGAUUUGCCUCUUCUCUCUUGCUCUUCUACUGCAACUUGUCAUUAACUUUGCGUGCCUGGUGAUAGACUCGAAGCAUUGCAGAAAGGCACGUGACCGGAAUGGCUUUAAUAUAAGUGGCUUUAAUAGCAGUGACACUAACAGUAGUGACCUCUCCUCGUAUUUGAAAUCUAUUCUCUUUGUGGGGAGUACAUGGCAGUAUUUGAGUCAACUGAUUACGUACUGUGUUGCACUCUGGUGUUUGUACAAAGUCUUGCGAGUGCCUGAUGCUUUGCAUCCUUCGCUGGCACGAUUUUUGGCUCCAAACAAAUAUUGGAGUUUACUCAACAGACAGAUGGUUUUCUUUCUGCUCUUGGAUGUUCUGUGGUUGGUCCUUACGGCUUACAUGAUGUAUGAUGUGAUACAUGAGCAGCCUAAUACAACGCUGGAUUAUGUAUUAGUCAUUGUUCUCAGUUACAUGACAAUUAUGAUGAUGGUCGGUUUGUUAGCAAAUCAUGCUAUCUUACUUAUGUUUGAAAGCCUCGUCUUUGCAGUAAGUGGAUGCAUUGAUCAGAUGAAGCAACAGAUUUUGGAUUUGCAGCAACAAAAGCUUGAGAAAUCAAUAACUGCUGUGAAAGAUUUGUCAAAAAUAGUUAGAGCAACUUCAGGUGUGUUUGGUCGCUGGUUUCUUGUUCAGUGGAUUUCGUAUGCCAUGGUCAUUGUAUGGAACAGUCCUCUCAUUCAAGCGAACAUUUCACUGCCACUGUAUCCCAUCUGGACGAAGACUAGUUUGGUCGUAUUAUCGAUUAUUAAUCACACUCUGUUCAUCUUUCCGGCAAUUGUAGCUGCUAUGCUUGAUGCCAGAUGCAAAGAGAUGAUCAGAAACCUGAAUGAUUUGGCAGCAGUGGACUGGCCUGAUGGACAUGCAUUAAAGGAGAGAAGCCAACUAGAAUUAUUCCUUUCCUUUGCUGAUCGAGCUGAUAUUGCAUUUAGAGCUGGACCAAUGCCGAUACGAUUGUCGCAUGCUUUGGCAUCUGUGGCAUUUUCAUAUGUACUAGUAGCUGUUAAUAUUGCUCUUCAAAACUUGUCACACUAAAGUAAGGAGAAUGUUAUUAAUGGAGUUUGUUGACUUGACUGUGUGUAGAUUGAUUAUCACUUAUACCCCUAUAUUUGCUAUUCAACGAUGUGAAGUUCAGUUAUGAGAAUUGCAAUUACAAUGGUUUGUAUGAUCUGUUGAUAUCAGAAUACAAUUAUU